GCUCACAACCACCCUGGAAACCAAGGCAAGCUCCCCCUGUCAAAGCACCUUGGCCCAUAAGAAGAAAAGGGUGAGCCCCAGAUGUGAUGAGCGCUUCCAGGCUUCAGGCUCAGAAGGCGCCCAGUCCCCAGCUCUCCUGUAACUCAGAGGCCAGUGUGAUGGGAGUUCCUCCACUCAGCACACUUCCCCUGUAAACACGCCUGUGGUGGGCAAGAGGGCUUUGGAACAAUUCCUUUAGGCCACGUUGAGGAUUCGGGGAUCUAUGUCUAGGGCAGUGGGAAGCUGGUGAAGGGUUUUAAGCUGAGGAGUUCAUCGUCCUGGCUCCUGUGAGGUUGCUUAUCUUUUCUCUCCUGGGUAAUUUCCACUUUCAUUCAUGAUAAUGUCGAACACGCACAAAGCUCGGCUGGAACGCCGGGUCGCUGGCUCAACCAACCGGUGGCGUUUGCCCAAACAGCCUUUCUCUGGGGACCUGCUCUCACUUUCCCAGAUGUGCAAGGCUCUGAGCAUAGACUUUGAGGAAGCUUUGAGGAACCCAGACAGGUUAUGCAUGUCACAAAUCCAGAAGUUUUUCUGUGAGAAUUUCAAGAAAAAGGACAUCCAAAGUGGGGAAGCAGAUGUGAUUCUCGAGUGCCUGGGCUUCAAAUGGGAGCUCCAUCAGCCCCAGGUUUUUCAGUCUGAGACCUUGGCCAAGCUCUACUUCAAAGCCCUGGCGCAGGGCACCACACACCCCCUGAGGGAGCUGGAGGAGCUUCUGCGAGCUCAAUCACCUAAGAAGACCAAAGAAAAAUCUCCUGCAAAGAGGAUCAUCAUUUCCUUGAAGAUCAAUGACCCACUGGUCACUAAAGUCGCCUUUGCCACGGCCCUGAAGAACCUCUACAUGAGUGAGGUGGAGAUUAACUUGGAAGAUGUACUGGGAGUGCUGGCUUCUGCCCACAUCCUCCAGUUCCGUGGCCUGUUUCAAAGGUGCGUGGAUGUGAUGAUAGCCAGACUCAUGCCAAGCACCAUCAAGAAAUUCUACGAGGCCGGCUGCAAGUACAAGGAAGAGCAGCUCACCACCGGCUGUGAGAAGUGGCUGGAAAUGAACUUGGUUCCUCUAGUGGGGAUGCAGAUCCACCUCCACAAAAUCCCGCAGGACCUGCUCCACAAAGUGCUGAAGUCUCCCAGGUUGUUUACCUUUAGUGAAUUCCAUCUUCUGAAAACAAUGCUUUUGUGGGUCUUCUUGCAACUAAACCACAAGAUUCAGGCAAUUCCGACUUAUGAAACCGUGAUGACAUUUUUUAAGAGCUUUCCCGAGAACUGUUGCUUUCUGGACCGGGACAUAGGACAGAGCUUGAGGCCACUCUUCCUCUGCUUGCGUCUGCAUGGCAUCACCAAAGGCAAAGAUCUGGAGGUGCUGCGGCACAUUAACUUCUUCCCAGAGUCGUGGCUGGACCAGGUUACAGCCAACCAUUACCACGCACUGGAGAAUGGGGGCGACAUGGUCCACCUGAAAGAUCUUAACACCCAGGCCGUGAGAUUUGGGCUGCUCUUUAACCAGGAGAAUACAACUUAUUCAAAAACGAUUGCUCUAUAUGGAUUCUUCUUUAAGAUAAAGGGACUCAAACAUGAUACUACCUCUUAUAGUUUUUACAUGCAGAGAAUAAAGCACACAGACCUGGAAUCCCCCUCCGCGGUCUACGAGCACAACCCCGUCAGCCUGCGAGCGGCACGCCUGGUGAAGUAUGAGAUCAGAGCCGAGGCCCUGGUUGACGGCAAGUGGCAGGAGUUUAGGACAAACCAGAUCAAGCAGAAGUUUGGGUUGACCACGUCAUCCUGCAAAAGCCAUACCUUGAAAAUCCAAACUGUGGGCAUCCCAAUCUAUGUAAGUUUUGCAUUCAUCUUCCCAGCAUCUUGACAGUUUCCAGAAGAAUCUAUGGGAUUUUCCCCCACUGGUCUGCAUAAAAGAAAAUAAAAUGACAUAAAAGGGAGCACU